CUCUUUCUCUCUCUCUCUCUCUCGGACGCCUCUUCUUCAAACCUUUUCUUCUUCUUCGUUACCCAGCACCACCAUCACAUGUGCAGUGAUCAUUUGCAGUGUUUGUCUGUGAUCAUUUGCAGUGUGUUGUCUCGUCGCCUCUCUCCCUCUCUUUCCUAGACGACGAUGAUUCCUCUCUCUCUCGUGAUCUCUCCUGAUGAUCUCUCCUCGAAAUCAAUCUGUCUCGUCCAAGUCGAAAUCAAAGGGAAAUGGAGAAUUUGGAAGAUCUAAAAAUCAUGGUGGAGGAGUGGUCGAAUCAAGGAAUUGAGUAUCUUCAGAAGAUACCACCGACUCAUCUCUAUGCCACCGUUGGUGUUCUCUUGUUCACUACCAUUUUGCUCCUCUUAUCAAUUCGAUUGGCCAGGCGUACUAAAUUCAACACUGUGCUGCUUUCUGGGCUGAGUGGAAGUGGAAAGACUGUGCUCUUCUAUCAACUCCUUGAUGGAUCAUCGCAUCAGGGCACUGUAAAAUGUAGGUGUGUAUUCUCUGUGUGACAGAAAGGAAAAAUCAAGCAUGUUCAUCUUGUUGAUGUUCCUGGGCACUCUCGGCUUCGACCCAAGCUGGAAGAGUUCUUGCCCCAAGCAGCUGCUAUUGUCUUUGUUGUAGACGCCUUGGAGUUCAUCCAUAACUGUCGUGCAGCUUCAGAGUACUUAUACGACAUUCUGACCAACGCCAACGUUGUCAAGAAGAAGAUACCAGUCCUCCUUUGCUGUAACAAGACAGAUAAACUAACCGCACACACCAAGGAGUUCAUCAGGAAGCAGAUGGAGAAAGAAAUCGAGAAACUAAGGGCUUCGAGGAGUGCAGUAUCUACAGCUGACAUAGCCAAUGACUUCACCAUUGGGAUCGAAGGAGAAGUGUUCUCCUUCUCGCAUUGCAGUAACAAAGUCACUGUCGCUGAAGCGUCUGGACUCAAUGGAGAAACUUUUCAGGUCCAAGACUUCAUUCGAGAACACAUCAAGCCCUGAGUGAGAGCCCACACUCGACAUCCGUAGAUUGAAUCCUUAUCAUUAGGCUUCUUAGAGCAUCAUUAUCCCAAAACCCCUUAAGGGUCUCU